GGCCUAACAACUUGAUUUUUUUGGCUUGAGUGAAUUAAUCUAGAAAGGGGCUUGCUGGUAAUUCCCCUUUCACAAUCCCCACAUCUCAUCCUGCCCAGGACGCCAUGUCAACCAGCAGUUGUAGUUUCAAGGAUCGGUGUGUGUCCAUCCUGUGUUGCAAAUUCUGUAAACAGGUGCUCAGCUCUAGGGGAAUGAAAGCGGUUUUGCUGGCUGAUACCGAAAUAGACCUGUUUUCUACAGACAUCCCUCCUACCAAUGCAGUGGACUUCAUUGGAAGAUGCUACUUCACUGAAAUCUGCAAAUGUAAACUGAAGGACAUCGCGUGUUUAAAAUGUGGGAACAUUGUAGGUUAUCACGUGAUUGUUCCAUGUAGUUCCUGCCUUCUCUCCUGUAACAACGGACACUUCUGGAUGUUUCACAGUCAGGCAGUGCUUGGUGUGCACAGACUAGACCCCACAGGUGUCAAUGUCCUGCUUUGGGGCAACUUGCCGGAGAUAGAAGAGACUGCGGAUGGAGAUGUGCUAGAUCUGUCGGAAGAAGAGUGCAUUAGAUGAAGGGACUUAUGAAGCACGUGGUGGUCAAAGUUCUCCUUCUUUAAAACACAUCUUGAUGGAUGAGCUUUAGAAUUGUUCAUAAGGAUUUACCAGUGAUGUUUUUUAAAAGAAAACUGGGACAUUGGUUGAUUUAUUUAUUUGCUGUCUCCAAAUUAUUACCUCUGUUCAUUUGAGCCAAUGUAAUUGUUGUCUUCUUCUACAUCUGUUUUUUUCUUCCCCUCCUUGUCCAUCGUUGAAGUGUGUUCUGAAAUUCAGAUCGAAGACUAUUUUAUAUGUCAACUGGCUACCUCCUAAUCUGAGAGCGUUUUCCUUUACAACUUGAUAUCAGAGACUUCCUGUUCAUUUUAUAUUCCUGUAUAAGGAAGCACUAGUAUUCACACAUAUAGCAAGCCCUGUAGAUCAAGCUGAACUGAAUAUUAAUAAGGGAUUUUUUUUAAACUCGGGCUGUUAGGUUCCCAUGGAUACUGUUGUCAUGUUAUAUUGGUGAGUCCUUAUAUAUGGAACAAAACUUGGUGAAUCAGCAAAUAGACUGUAUCAAAACUUUCAAAUGCACCAAGGGAGCCUCUUAAUCCUCCUGCACAAUCUUAGGUCAGAAAUUAGCAAUAUGUACUGUGUAUCCAGAUUAUUUAUUUACAGCCUUCUAAAACCGUUACAGACAUUGUGUUAUGAAACCUCUGUCUUUAUUUUUUUUUAAUUUUAUUUAAUCGU